AUGCCGGAUUCGGAGCCUAAACAGGGCACCAAGAGGAAGAAAUUUCCGGUAUCAGCUUUGCCAGGCUAUCCCCCAGACUGCGAUCGCACCCAUACCCACGAACGACGAACUACUUUCCAAGCGUGUAGACAUCUUGGCCAAUGCACAAAUACCUGCCCCUGCGUGAAAUCGCAUGUAACGUGCGAGAAGUCUUGUAUCUGCUCACCAUCCUGUCCUCGCCGUUGGCGAGGUUGUACCUGUAAACGUGAGGGCAGGGCAUGUACUUUGGAGAACAAAUGCAUAUGUGCCAAAGCCAAUAGAGAGUGUGAUGUGGAUCUUUGUCACACUUGUGGCGCAGCGGAGGUACUUGACCCGAAGAAUAGAUACGAUGACGCUUUUUCAAACAAUUGCUGUCAAAAUGUGGCGUUACAGAGAGACAUGCCAAAACGGACCCUCCUAGGAAGGAGCGCGGUUGCUGGGUUCGGGCUAUUUGUUGGGGAAGAUGUGAAAGGGGGCGUUUUCCUGGGAGAGUAUAAAGGAGAAGUUAUAACUACCGAGGAGGCAGACAGAAGGGGCAAGCUCUAUGACAGGAGAGGUGUCAGCUUCUUAUUCAACCUUAACAGCAAUCAGGUUAUCGAUGCUACUAGGGCUGGAAAUAAGCUCCGAUAUGUCAACCAUUCCGCAAAGAAACCAAACUGCUAUGCAAGGGUAUUUAUGGCAAAUUGUACCCAUAGAAUUGGCAUGUUUGCUAGAAGGGAUCUUAUAGCUGGAGAGGAAUUAUUUUUCGAUUACGGGUGA